AUGAAAGCAGACUUAGUACAGAGAUUAGUUCAUUUAUCGAUUGAUGCGAGUAGAAGGGUAGAAGCAGAACAUUUAGCCCAGGAAUUAGCUGGAGAGAGUGAAGAAAUCAGAGAACUCUUACAUAUAGUUGAAAUAGAUAGUGGAUCUAAAGGAAGUUUAGCAGCUAUCUUUUUGAAAGUAUCACUUGGCCGUUGUUCACAAAUAGAUCGAGAUUUAGCAGUUGAAGUAGUUACUAGAAUUAUUGGUGUAUCAAUGCGAUGUACACGUAGUACUCAUUUAGUUCUCUGUGAUUCAGUACGACUGAUUAGUCGGGCUUUACAAAGUGCUGAUUUAGCCCUAGCCGUAUCUGGGAUUGAAGAGGGUAGUUAUACUGAACAGACAGUUAGAUUACUAGAGAUUAUUAAUGCAUAUUUUGUACGCUAUCAAACAGAAGGUCGUAGUGAUAAUCUUUAUUUAGAUAUUCUAGCUAGUGUUAAUCAACUGGGUAGUAUUUUAGUCCGUAUAUCAGUUGAUCUGUACCAGCAUAAGAAUGCAUGCAAAGGAUUGUACAGUGCACUUUUUGAAAUGUUCUAUUCUUUGAUUUGCCAGGACUUACCUGAUUAUCUGGAAAAUGAGAUGAGUGUGUUUUUGAUGAGUUGUAUGGAGUGUUGUGAUAAAGAGGAUGAACAGGAGGCUUUGCUGCAGAUAAAGGUACUUAGUGUUAUUUUAGAACGGUACAUGGAUGCCGUAGAAGAUCCUGGUGUUUUUGUUGGGCAUACGUUUGAACUCCUGCAAGACUUAGAGUCACAGGCGGAAGAGGAUAGAACGGCAGUAGUGCUUAAGUACAUUACUGAAGUUUUAAGAUCACCAGAUAUAGAAGGAUCUAUUACAGCUGAUGGAGGAGUAGAACAAUUAGCUCGAACUUUAAUGGGCGUACUAGGAGUCUUUGAAGAUGCCGAGGAAGAGAUUGAGUGUAUUCGAGCUGUAUUCAAUUCUGAUCUUAAUUUACAAAGAGAAAUCUUAUCUGAUUUAUUGAAAGAUAUUGUUGAAAAACAUCCUGAGCUCUUACAAGUAGCCUUAAGUAAUCAUGCCGAGUAUAAGCGAGUAAGUGUUUGGUAUUUGUUAUUGUAUAUUGCCCGAUCAAGAACUAGAGUCUCUUUAGAUGUAAUUGCCGCGGGUGUAGAAGAGGCCAAAGCUUAUUUAGGGCAACUACCCGGUCUAACUAAGGAAGAGGAUGAAAACCAGUUGAUUAGUGCGGCUGGACUAGUAGCAGUCAGUAUUAUUCAUGGUAAGUAUCCGCAUGGUCAUGAUAUGGCUUUGGUUAAUGAACAGUUGCUUGAAUCGGUCUUAAAAGGUAUUGUGUGCUAUAAAGAUAGGCCGCGCUUAGUCUUAGUCCUGGCUAAACUGGCUGAAACUCUUUGUACUUCCUUAGAAACACGUAGUCUGAGUGUACUUCCAAGUAGUAGAGCGGCAGCUAACGUACUGGUGGAACGGAUUGUGCAAAUUCCGCCUAAUGAGUUCUUAGCUCCGGCUUUAUUUGAAAUACUACGAGUAGCCCAAGUUCCUUUAAGUGCAUACUUAAGUGUAUGUAGUGAACGUUUACUUCUUACUAUGGAAACAAGUGGUAACUUAGCUGAAGCGAAAGGGCUUUGGGACGUUCUUUCACUUAGUGUCUUAGAUAAUCAGAAGGAAGGGCGGCAGGUGGCUUUAAAUACAGCUCGGGAGUGUUUAGAGAAAGAUGUAGCUGACUGGUACGUAUUUGCUAUUCAACUUAUUGCAUUAUGUGCUCUAGCGGGUGGUGAUGAGACUGCAGUUGGAUUAGUAGCUAAUUUUGCCGAAUCUGGAUCUCUUUGGGCAGUUCCUGAGUUAUUUGAAUCCCUUUGUUUCUGUGUAGUGGCUUUGGCUUCGCAAUCAACUGAGCCUAAGUAUUUAGAACUAGUUCAGCAUAUUUUUGAUUUCUUAUCUAGUAAUAAUGAUAAGAAUGCUUUUGUUUUAGCACGCUAUCUACCCAUUACUUACUUGGUGCAUCUUCUGGCUAAAACCGAGGAAAGAGGAGCUGAUUUGAGUCCUCCACAGUACUUAGCAGUUUUAAGAGCGUUUACGCAAGUCCCAGAGAAAUCUAAGCAAGUAGCUGAUGCUUUAACAGCUCUCUUACGCCAACCCAUUAUUCUAGAACCAGAUACGGCCUUUUUUAUUGAUAAGUUAUCUCUUAUUCAAAAUGAACCAUUUGCUGCUUCUCAGCAACAACAAAUCAUCCAUAUUAUUCAACGUCUUAAAACCCGUCCCCAUCAGGCCACACCCGGCCAUCGAGUUCUUUCAAUCAUCAACCCACUCUUUGAACUCCAUAAGAACAGUAAGUAA